AUGCCAAUAUUUGAACUAUUUAAGCUUCGGAUGCUAAUACUUGAACUGCUCAAGCUUGGGAUACUGACACUUAAACUUCUCGAGAUUGGAAUGCCAAUAUUUGAACUAUUUAAGCUUGGGAUGCUAACACUUGAACUGCUCAAACUUGGGAUACCGGCAAAUGAACUACUAAAACUUGGGAUGCUAAUACUUGAACUGCUGAAGCUUGGGAUGCUAACACUUGAACUGCUCAAGCUUGGGAUACUGACACUUAAACUUCUCGAGAUCGGGAUGCCAAUAUUUGAACUAUUUAAGCUUGGGAUGCUAACACUUGAACUGCUCAAGCUUGGGAUACUGACACUUAAACUUCUCGAGAUCGGGAUGCCAAUAUUUGAACUAUUUAAGCUUGGGAUGCUAACGCUUGAACUGCUCAAACUUGGAUGCUGA